AUGAAUCACGACCCCUUCUACUGGGGUAGACCCUCGGAUGAAACCUAUGGCCACUACAAUCAUGCAAUUGCCAACGCCAAAUCUCAGAUUCCUACUUCGCACACCCAACAACCUAUCAUCACUGGUACUUCUGUGUUGGCACUUAAGUUCAAAAAUGGUGUUGCCAUUGCAGCAGACAACAUGGGCUCCUACGGCUCUCUUCUCAGAUUCAACAACAUUGAGCGUUUGAUACGCGUGGGUACUGAGACCAUUGUGGGUAUCUCAGGUGACAUUUCCGACUUACAGUACAUUGAGAGACUCUUGCAUCAAUUACAAACGGAAGAAGAGGUGUACGAUAGUGAUGGAGGCCACAAUUUGAGAGCACCACAUGUGCAUGAAUAUUUGAGCCGUGUCAUGUACAACAGAAGACUGAAGAUGGACCCAUUAUGGAACGCAAUCAUAGUGGCUGGCUUCAGUGACGACAGAACUCCUUUCUUGAGAUAUGUCGACCUUUUGGGAGUCACGUACGGUUCUCUGGCUCUUGCCACGGGAUUUGGUGCCCACUUGGCUGUUCCAUUGUUGAGAAAGUUGGUGCCCUAUGACGCUGACUACGAGAAGGUUUCCGAAGAGCAGGCUAGAGUAGCCAUCGCUGACUCCUUGCGUGUUUUGUACUACAGAGAUGCCCGCUCGUCAGACAAGUACACUUUUGCAGUGUUGACGUUUGAAAAUGACAAGAUUAAUGUCGACUACAAACAGGAUUUGAAGGUUGAGAACCAGAGCUGGAGAUUUGCCGAAAACCUUAUCGGUUAUGGAAGCAAGCAACAGUAG